GACGCUACACAUGAGGACGCCGAGCAGCGGAACCCGGGCGUGGAUUUAGGCACGAAGUUUAUCGGAGAGUAUAUGCUGCCAUGGGGUCCGAUGCGGUCCUUCCUUGCAGCGCAGCAUCUGACGUACGAUUGGUUGACAUCGGUGCGUGCGACUGUCGUGGACGUCUCGGCAGAUGUUUGUGCACACGGAAAACCUCUGCUGCAGACUCGACUGGACUGCUUCUUUCCGAAAUACAUCAACGGUCUGUUGGUUGAUACAGCCUUGAUCCAGCAGUACGCGGACGCGAAAACAGUUUUGGAGCUGCGUGGUCAGAAUCUCGAUCUUCCACUUUGCGAGGUGUGUGCUGGCUUCGUUCUGGAAUCCAGGAUGGGUAUGACGGUGGAGUCUGGACACCUGCUUUCCAAGGAUCAAGAUCAGUGGAGUCGUUGGCAUCACCUCUGCACGAGAUAUGGGAUGUUGUUGCCGGUUCUCCCUGAGACCGGGCUGAACUACUAUGAAACCUUCCAAGACAGAGCUGGUAACCAGUAUCAUUAUCCUCCAAAGGCACAGAGUUAUCCGUUGCAGCAGCAUUUGGAGGACGCAACAUCGCACAAGAUGCAGAAGACGAAAUGGAAACAUAUGCCACCGUACCGGUAUCAUUCCAUGUUCUGGAUUUUCAAAUUUUUGCAUGAGCUGUUGUGGAAACACUACUCGGCGAUGGACAGAAUCCAGACGAAACAUGCCAAAAACAUCGACCAAUGGGCUCAGAGACAGGCCCGUAGAAUACAAGAUGAGACGACUGGGCAGCCACAUGCCGUUUUUGACACUCUGUCUCCACUGGCGCAACACCUGCAGAAGGUUGAUGAGUUCAUCCAGCUCAUGAAGCGGCGCCUCCUCUGGCUCGCCAAAGAGGCAUCCAACAAGCAUAUUUUCGGAUUCACUGACCUGAGAACUGAGGAUUUGAAUUUGGACGCUCUGGUGGUGGAGUGGGCGCACGUGGUUGGGUACUUUCUGCCCAAAACCAGAUGGUUGAAAGAAGCUCAACCGGUCUUGCCUUCUUAUGGACGAUGA